AUGACGAGUGGCGGAUGUUCAAUCCCCGCAUAUGUGUUGGCAAGAGGACCAGUUGGACUAGAAGCAUACAGGAGAGCACUAGAAACAGGCAAAACCUACGAUAGACGUAUUAAAAUAAUGUUGAUUGGUCAGGACCGUAGUGGCAAAACAAGCCUUAGAAGAUACCUCAGAGGUGAAACUUUUAAUGAACAGGAACCAAGCACUGACGGUAUUGUAAUGAUUCCAUCUAUCAAGAAUGCAGGAACAGGUGCAUGGAAAAAUCCUGCUGAUUUAGAGACCACAAGUGCAUUUCACCAUAAGUUUGCUGAAGUGGUUACUCAGUUCACUGAAGAAACACAAGAAACUUUAAGUGACCUACUUACACGUGAAACCUCUGAAUCGAUUGAAUCUAAUAACCCAAGACACCUAGAGAAUAUCUCGAAAGAGGACAUUCAAAGCAAUACAGGUCAAAACUCAAGGCACAUAGAAGAUACCUCAAAAAAGGACAUUCAAAGAAAUACAGGUAACAAAAGCUCUUUAGCUUCAACAUUAAGCAGCCUCUGCACAGAAUCAAGGUACACUUGA